AGAAUCAACGUUGAUUCUUUUUUGUUUUUUGCUCCUUUUUCGCUCCCCUCCACUUGGGAUCUCAAAAGGAGCACUUUUAAUACCUUUCGAUACGGCACCAAAGAAAGAAGAAGCUCUACCGGCGAGCUGUACUCUCCUGUGUUUUUAUUAUUACUAUUGUUUCUUCUCUUCUCUCGCUGCGUUACGAUGUCCGCGACUCCUCCACCGCCGCCGCCGUCGAUGAUGUCGUCGUCUCCCACGUUCUCGCAGCCGCACGGACGAGCUUCUGGUGGCCCAUUCCGCACCGGUGGUGCGGCUGGUGGGGUUGGCACCUCAAACCCCGCUCGUCCUCGCCCCUCCCCGCAGCAGCGCGCACCGACGAACCUGCGCACCAUGAACCCGCUCUUCACCUUCAGCGGCGGGCACAGCGGACCGGCGCCGAACGUCGCGGGGACGGGGGGGAGCAGCGCGCCCAGCAACAGCAACAGGAAUGCUACGGCACGCGUCACCACGGCGCCGACGUCAACGGCGCACGUCGACCCUGCUGCCGCGACCACCCGACCCCCAUCACAAGCGCCAACGGAGCCCACGUCGGCCGCACCGUUUCCCACCGCCUCCGCAGAGCUUCUCCGCAGUCUCACCGCUGCCGUGCACGAGAGCCUCGCCGGCUACCUUUACCACGACGCCAUCGAGCUCGCCCAGCGACUCAUGAACCUCGACGCCUCCUACGGUCAUCUACACCUGCUGGCGCACUGCUACCUGCUGAGCGGGGGUGUCGGCACGGCCUACCGCCUCCUCCAUCAUCACUAUCCGUUUUUUGAGGUGCACGUGACGCGGCCGCGGACGGCUGCUGUGCAUGGCCGUCCUGGCACCGGUGGGGUUGGCGGUGGUUGGGGUGGUGGUGGCGUCGGCUUUACCGCCGUGGACGGGGCAGCCCUGCCGUUGGAUGCGCGCCGGACGUGGAACAGCACGGCGCCGGCCCACGGCCCCAGCACCACCGCGCUCCUCAACGCGCUUGCCCAUGGCGAGGUGGUCGACCUGAGCUACGAAACGGUCGAUUUAAAGGCGCAGUGGGAUUGCCAGUACCUGCUCGGCGUGUGUUGUUACCGCACGCAGCAUUACGAGGACGGUGUGAAGGUGCUGUCGCAGCUGUUGUACGUGAAGUACCAGUUGGAUGCGGCGGCCGCCGCGCUGCGCAAACAGCAGCAACAGCAGCAGUCGUCGUCGUCACCUCCGUCGAGCAGCGGCACGAGUGUGGAGCGGCAGCUGCACUCCUACGCGUUUGCCUCCGAGGCACGCGUCUCGCAGGUGCUGUACUGGCUGGGCCUGUGUGAGAAGCACCGUCAGCGGCCGCCCUUCGCGUUGGACUAUCUACGUCGCGCCUUCAGCGGACACCCGACGCGGAUCGAUGCGUUUCGGGAGUACGUGCGCCUCGCCUGGCCAUCCGUCGCGACUGCGCAGGAGCUGCUGGCGGUGAAGGAGCCGCUGGCCGAGGAAAACGACGGCGACGACGCGAUGGCGGAUGGCGGGCGAGCGAAUGGUGAGGGCGGGGAGGAGGAGGACGACGCGAACGAAGACGCAAACGCAGAUUCUCAACGACCACCGCAGCGACGCGGUCGCGAUGCUGCGCACGCCGAGGAGCGGCGAGGGGGUGACGACGCGGAGGACGUGGACGAGGCGGAGGAGACGGAGAAGAAGCGCGCGGCCGUGGCGCGCACCGGGUCCCUCCACACCGCCGGCCACAGAGGUAGAGGCGGUGCAGCUCGACCGCCAGCAUCGCCGGGCAGCCCCACAAGUAGCGGAAGUCCAACAACAGCGCGACGGCACCGCCAUUGCGGUGCCACGACGCCGGCGCCGGCCGCCUUCACACUGGAUGCACCCCCGCUCACCCCCACGCAGCGCCGCGUUGUCCAGCAGCACCUCCAGCCCUUUCUCCGUGCGAUCUUCCUGACCACGACCUACCGCUGUCCCGAGGCCGUCGACGCCCUGCAAAAGCUGCUGCUUCAACAGCAGCUGCAGGCGCAGUCACCGGCGACCGCAUCGUCCAUUUCCGGUACGAGCAGCAGUGCGAGCGACACCGCGCGCCCCGCCGGUCUCCCCCGCACUGCGCCUCCAACGCAGUCGCACGAGGGCCCGCCACCGGUGGAGUGCGGUCGUGUCCACUCCGUCGCGGGUGUCUCCCUCGCCGUCUCGCCCUUGCUGCUGCGUCAGCUCGCCCUCGCGCAGUUCCACAAUGGCGACGUCCAGGCGAGCGCGGACACCUUCGACCGCCUCCUGCGCGUCGCUCCGUGGGAGCUGACGGACCCCGCGCUGAUCUACUACAGCACCGCCCUGUGGCACCUGAAGAGCGAGAGCGCGCUGGGGAGCCUGGCGCAGUGCCUGACGGAUGCGGAGCCUUUCCACCCGACGACGCUGUGCGUGGUGGCGAAUGCGUAUAGCCUGGUGAAGGACCCGCGAGACGCGCUGGUCAUGCUGAAGCGCGCAGUGCAGCUCGCGCCGAAUCUGGCCUACGCCCACGCUUUGUACGGCUACGAGUUGCUCGGGCAGGACAACAAGGCGGAGGCGGAGAAGGCCUUUAAGACCGCGCUGGCGGUGGACAACACGCUGUACAUCGCGUACGCUGGACUGGGGGAGCGGUUUAUUCGAGAGGAGCAGGUGAUCCAGGCCCGCGGGUACUACAAGGAAGCCGUGAAGAUCAACCCGACGCCUGCCAUCAUGAACCGAUUUGCGCUGACCUACCACCGCCAAAACAACGUCGCGGCGAACCUGGAGUGCGCGCUGCGGCUCUAUUCGGAGUCUCUGCAGCGCCACCCGAACAACCUCACCGCCCGCCGACAGCGCACCGACGUGCUGCUGCGGCUGGACCGACCGAAAGAGGCGCUGGCGGAGCUGAAGGCGUUGCUGGUCCAGUGUCCCGGCGAGGCGGCGAUUCACAUGGCCCUCGCAGAGUGUAUGGUGUGUCUGAAGCGGCCGCAGGAGGCGCUGCAGAACUACCAAACCGCCAUGCACCUCGAUCCCCGGCGGGAGAGCUACGUGCAGGGUUGCAUUGAUCGCCUUGUCGCGGCGAAGAUGCUGUGA